CUCCGCUCCCGUGUGUCUGUGGAUGCUCGCGCAGGAGGAUGGAGCUGCUGGCGCUCAGCGUGUCGGUGCUGUGCCUCGCGCUCCUCCACCCGGCCCCGGCGCGCGCCGACUCAAUCAUCCACAUCGGUGCGAUCUUUGAGCAGGACGCUGUUCGGGACUCAGAGGUGUUCCAGCUGGCCAUUUCUGAUCUGAGUCUGAGCGAUGACAUCCUGCAAAACGAACGCGUCACACACUCCAUCAAACUCAUCGAAGCCGACAACCCCUUUCAGGCCGUGCAGGAAGCGUGUGAGCUGAUGAAUCAGGGUAUCCUGGCCCUGGUGUCAUCGACAGGCUGCGCAGCGGCUCGUGCUUUACAGUCCCUCACGGACGCCAUGCACAUCCCUCACCUCUUCGUGCAACGUGGAGGGAACGGAGCACCACGGGCAGAGUGUGUGUUCAAUACCAGACCCGACGCAGAGAUGUACACGCUCGCUGCCCGGCCACCUGUACGACUUGACCAGGUCCUGCUCACACUCCUGUCUGACCUGCACUGGCGCAAAUUUAUCAUCUUCUAUGAUGCAGAAUAUGACGUAGGUGGAUUAAAGGCAUUUCUGGAUCACGCAUCUCGCUCGGGGUUGGAUGUGUCUCUACAACAGGUAGAGCGGAACGUCUCGAAGGUUUUCCUGACCCUCUUUAGCACCAUGAAGACAGAAGAGCUGAACCGUUACAGAGACUCUCUGAGGCGUGCUGUUUUACUGCUGAGCCCACGUGUAGCCCAUGCCUUCAUCAACCAGGCUGUCGAGACAAACCUUGCAUCCAAGGACUCUCACUGGGUUUAUGCAAAUGAAGAAGUGAGCGAUGCAGACAUCAUGGACCUUGUCCAUACAUCUCUGGGUCGUCUCACAGUCAUCAGGCAGAUUUUUCCAGAGUGGAGAAACAACGCUCAGUGCAGGAGAAAGAAUCAGAGAGUAAAGUCGCUGCUGUGUGAGCCUCAAGAGGAGUACCUGCACAGCCUGGAGGUCUCCAGUCUGUACCUUUACGACAGCGUGUUGAUGUUGGCGAACGCGUUCUACCGGAAGUUAGAAGACCGGAAGUGGCACAGCAUGGCGAGUCUGAGCUGCAUGAGGAAAUCGACCAAACCCUGGAAUGGUGGCUGGUCCAUGCUUGACACCAUCCAGAAGGGGCGGAUCUCAGGCCUGACCGGGUUGAUGGAUUUCCGCAGUAACGGGGCGAACUCUCAUGCUCAGUUUGAGAUUUUGGGGACAGCAUACAGCGAGACAUUCGGAAAAGACGUCAAACGUGUUGCGGUAUGGGAUUCUCUCCGUGGUAUGAACGGGAGUUUAAAGGAGAGCAAAGUGGACAGCGGGAUGCAAGGGGUUUUGCUGAGAGUCGCCACACUACUGGAGGAGCCCUUUGUGAUGGCAGCUGAGAGCACACUUGGACAGCCGAAGCGAUAUAAAGGCUUCUCCAUUGACGUGUUGGACGCUCUUGCCAAAACACUCGGCUUCAAAUAUGAGCUUUAUCAAGUUGCAGAUGGAAAAUAUGGCUCUCCACAACCAAAUGGCUCCUGGGACGGCCUGAUCGGGGAACUCACCAACAAGAGGGCGGACAUGGCGAUUGCAGCCAUUACAAUCACGCCAGAGCGCGAGGGUGUGGUCGACUUCACUAAGCGCUACCUGGAUUACUCUAUAGGAAUCCUAAUGAGCAAGUCUGCAGAGAAGCUGUCCAUCUUUUCACUCCUUGCGCCGUUUGACCUUUCAGUGUGGGUGUGUCUCUGUGCUGCCGUGCCAGUGGUGGCAGUAAUGAUUUUCAUCCUGCGUCGCGUUCAGACUGUCUGUUCACGCCAGAGUGCUGCCACUCCCAACACAGGCAACGCCAGCUUACUGAACACAGUCUGGAUCGUUUAUGGAGCCUUCACUCAGCAAGGUGUGGAGUCAAUGGUUGCUUCCGUAUCAGUGAGAAUCGCAUUGGGAAGCUGGUGGCUCUUCACGCUCAUCGUAUGUUCAUCAUACACGGCUAACCUUACAGUGUACCUCACAUCACACAGACUGGACAACACAGUCAGGUCUCUGCAGGAUCUGGCGCAGCAGUCAGGCAUUAAUUACGGCACAGUGAAAGACUCGGCUGUGUUUGAAUAUUUCAAGAUGAAGGGGAUGAACCCACUGGAGCAGGACAGCACAUUCUCUGAGCUGUGGAGGACCAUCAACAAGCAUCAAGGACAGGAAAACUGUGUACACACAUUGGCUGAAGGAAUUAAAAAGGUAAAGCAGGAGACGUACGUGUUCCUGUGGGACAUGGCUGUGUUGGAGUACGCUGCUCUGACUGAUGAUGAGUGCUCGCUCACAGCGACGGCGGACCCACAACAUACCAAAGGCUACGGCAUCGCCCUUCAGCAUGGCAGUCCUCAUCGAGACGUCCUCUCACACACGAUCCUUGAGCUGCAGCAACGUGGUGAUGUGGAUGUGUUAAAGCAGAAGUGGUGGCCGCGUAAAGGCCGCUGUAUUAACGAGCGUCGCUCGGAGAGUCGAGCUUUAACGCUACACGCGCUCUCUGGAGUUUUCUGUUUACUCGCUCUCGGCCUGUUUGUAUCAGGCCUGGUGGGGGCUCUGGAGAGCUGGUACACACAUACACCCUGCAGAACGCAUACACAGGAUAAGGAGGUGGACUUGGAGCAGGUCCAGCAGCGGUUCAGCGGACUCAUUAGCGACGAUGAUUUAUCGCAUAAACAGCUCCCUGCUUCACCCCUGGACGUCUCCACAUUAGACAUCGGCACCAUCUGUCAGCGUCAAGACUCCCGUGACGCCAUGCCCCCAUUUCCUCCAGGAGCUCUAUCUGUCCCUUCACUUUUUGCUGAAAGUGGUGUAGGGGGUGUGCCCAGUAGAAACAUGCCCCUUCCUCUGUCCAGCUCCACACUGCCCCCUCCUUCACGCUGUAAGCAUCGGGCACCAAACGGAGGAAUUUUACACCAAAGUCCUAUCAAAAUGCCAGUUAAAUACCAGCCAGUGCCCAGCAGAGCCAUGGAUGCCAAUCACGGCACCUCAAUAUGACAUCACAACAUCUAACUUGACAUCAUAAGAUCAUACCUGUAUCAUCUGAGACACCAGCUCUCAGUUAAAUAUUCUACUGAUUUACUUCUGCAUCAUAUGAGCAACUGAGCCAUUGACUAAUGUAAUGGCACACCAAUGUGACAUUCAGUGUGCCAACUAUAACAACAACCAGCCAAUCACAGACUUCAUAACUUUUUUCGAACAAUGAGGGAUGCUUUAUUGAGGAAGUGAAGUCACAGAGUCUCCUCUUCCUCUUGGCCUCAGAUAUAACUGUGCAUAUCUGUACAUAACUGAACAGGUGGUCGAGUCAGAGUGUAUUUUCAAUAUCCUAGAUGUUUUUUGACUUUGGUAUUAAAAGGUAUAAAG